GUGUGUUGGAAACAUAUGUCACUAAAUUAUUUGGAAGCCCAUGAAAGGGUCGCCUUCCUGGCGCUCCCUCUCCUUUGCCAAUGCUUCUUCAAUGGCAGAGAGGCGAUUGCCCUUGCUGGAUUCCGCAAAAGAGACGCCUCGUUUCUUCGCCCCUUUGCCUAUUUCUAGAUUUUGACAGGGGCAGUUUUGUAGGGCACUGCCGCGUUCAUGAGGAGAGGGGAUCGGAGGAGGCAGAGAGGCGGAAGAGCAGAAGGCGGAGCGGUGGCGGAGUUUCCUGAUGCCACGGAGAGGUCACCGCAGCAGCGAUCGCGGCAGGACCAACGAGGAUGAGCGAUCGAGCGUACCGGGUGGAGAGCACAACGCGGCUCGCGCAAUGGAGGAUCGAUUCCCUUUCCACUUUCUCUUAUCGCAGGUCCGACCUCUUCAAGCUCGGCCUCUGGAACUGGUAUCUCGCAGUCGAGAAGAGCAAGCAACUCUAUGUCAAACUGUACCCUGAGGAUUCUAGCUUCACAAGAGAAAAUCCACCUAUUGCCUCCUUCAACAUCAAGAUUGUGUUUCCAUCUGUUCCAAAUCGCCAAACCUUUAUCCAUCCAGGAAUUUCUGACAAACAGUUGAAGAACAAUGACGACUUUGUGUGGGUUAUUGAUAUGUUACAAACUGGCAGAUUCAUCAUCGACGUUGAAUUCCUUGAUCUAAAGAUUGUAGCUCCAUCAGGUGGUGAUCCUACAUCCAUCUGGACUGGCCAUCAGGCUGACAAGCACAGAGGGGCCGCGACCACCCUCGACUCGUUUAGGAGGAUGCUAAUUCAUGGUGUCCACACAGACAUCAGGAUCAAUGUCACUGAUAAUCUCGCUGACGGCAGCAUUGGUGCACACAGAGCUGUCCUGGCUACAAGAUCUCCUGUUUUUCGCAGCAUGUUUGCUCACGACCUCAAAGAGAAAGGACUUUCCACCAUCGACAUCUUUGACAUGCCGUUCGCCGCUUGCCAGGCCUUCGUCAACUACAUUUAUGGCAAUUUCCAGUCCGAUGAAUUCCUUGUCAAUCGCAUAGCGCUCCUACGAGCCGCCGACAAGUACGACGUAUCUGACCUGAAGGAGUUGUGCGAAGAAAGCCUCGCGGAUGACAUUGAUGCCAGCAACGUGCUCGAGAGGCUCCAAGUUGCCCACCUCCACCACUUGCCUAGGCUGAAGAGCAGCUGCUUGAGAUAUCUUGUGAACUUUGGAAAGAUCUAUGAGAUUACUGAAGACAUCAAUGUCUUUAUGCAGAAUGCUGAUAGAGAACUGAUAGCUGAAGUGUUUAAGGAGGUUCUUGCUGCGUGGAAUGGCCUCUGAAGGCAUAUCUCACAGUGCUUAUUCUUAUAGAAGGGGUUGAUUGUUUUUUUCAAAAUAAAAAAAUAAAUUAUUGUACAUGAAUUUUUAUAUUGUAAAAUGUAUGAUUUGAUUAGGAGAAUGUAAACGACUAUGAGCCUGUAACACCAUAAAUAUUCCGUGGUUUCAUGUUGCCAUUCAG